CGGUGGAAAAUGGAAAGAAAAUUUGAGCAGUGGAGUCGACAUGACAUGGCGGUUUGAUAUUCAACGAAGCACUUGUAUUUUCCCUGCUUUUAUGAAGUUAUUCACAUCUCAAGAAUCUGUGAGUUGAGUAGACUCCAAAUCCAUCAUCUUCUUCGCUUGUGUCCCUCCUAAAGUCCAAGUCUCAAGUCCAAUGUGGAGGUUCUCCUACUCCUUCUGCUUCUCCCUCCUUUGAAUUCUCUCGCGUCUUCGCUUACUUCUUCCUCCUCUUUAUUCUCCAACAUUCUCAAUCCCAGAAUCAAAAACUAGAUCCUUCUUCUUCUUCUGAAAUUCACCGAGCUUCGCAAGUUUAAACUCUUAUGGUUUUCUUCUCGAGAACCCACAAGUUCGAGUGACUUCCCAUCUGGUCUUCGAUCAUUCUGUUCGUUUCCAAACUCGUCUGGGUGUCUUUAAUUUGCAGCGUCCCGAAGAAGCUUCUUGAAUUAUAGGAACAUAAAGGGUAAGCCGGAAUCAUGGGUGACUCGUUCAUGUCUAAUGACAAAUUGAGCGAAUCUCCCGCAGUUGAAGUGACGGGAAAAAUCAUGGUGCUAGCUAUAAUAAUCCUCUUCAUGGUGGUUGUGUUUGUUCUGUUCCUCCAUCUCUACGCCAAAUGGUUCUGGUGGAGCAUUGAAGAAACCACUCCUCCGCCGCCUCGCCGUCGCCGUCGACGCCGCUUUGUCUUCGCCCCAGGGCAAGAUCCGGCUAUUUACGGCGGUCAGAGCGGCGGACUCGACCCUUCAGUGCUUUUGUCCUUACCCGUAUUGGUGUACCAACCUGAAAAUUUCAAAGAUGGUUUAGAAUGUGCUGUUUGUCUCUCUGAGCUUGUCCAAGGAGAAAAGGCGAGGCUUUUACCCAAAUGCAACCAUGGGUUUCAUGUGGAUUGUAUAGAUAUGUGGUUUCAAUCACAUUCUACUUGCCCACUGUGCAGAAACCCAGUUGCUUCUGAAACCCCUAAAUGCAAUAGCAGUUCAAGUGUUCGUGAAAAUUCCGCAGAGAAUAUUACUAGUCAGUCACAAGCAUCAGAAAAUUUUCAAAAUUCAGCUUUAGCUGCCGGGAGUGGUUCAGAGUCUCCAAAUUUUCCAACUAAUGUGUUGGUUUGGGGGAAUCAGACUCAAGUUAGUUCUAUCAACACUUCUUCAGAAGAAGAGAGUCCUUCAUCUUCUACCACAGCUAGCAGUAGCAGUAAUAAUAGACGCCAUGAAAUGAUGGUGAUUGAUAUACCAAGUGAGGUCAAUUCUUCGUCUUUAUCUCCUUCUGCAAACAGGUUUGCUGAAGAUGAGCUGAAAUCACCAAUGACCACAAGACUGAGGUCACUGAAGAGGCUUUUAAGCAGAGACAAAAGCCAUUUGCAAAUUAUAGAAGAGAGUCAAUAGGAAGAACUAAUCUCUGAAAGGUGACGCACAGUCCUUGAGAGGUUGGGUUCCUCCGGGUGUUUCAGAGAGACAGCUCUUGUUAUGACAUGCCAUGAUCCAUCUAAUCCAUGGAGAUAAUUUCUAAGAUGGUAAUUGUUAUGUGAAUGAUGAAUGAUUAGAAUCUUGAUGCUUGAAAAGAGAAUGAUAUUAGUUUCUUGAGUAA